UUAUACUAAUUUCCAUCAUUUUGGUUCUAAGUUUGAUAUUAAAGGUGUGUUUGGCAAUGGCAUUUUAGCCGCAGUAAAGCCAUUUGCUUUAUAAACAUAACCUCAUUGUUGAGAAAAAAAAAAGGGUUAGAGUUGUCAGUUGUCAAACGGUCAUGGUCUGACACUCUUCUUAGAGAACCUCUAAGUCACUCUCAACAUUGCAUUUUCUUGGGCGGGGGAUGUUUGACUGGUUUUUCUGUUAUCACUUUUCUUGCAAAAAGUUAAUGGAACUUUGUGGGCAGAAAUGGUGUUGACAGAUGUUGUAGAAAGAAGGAAUUGUAAUUUGUAAUGAUGUGUAUUUGUGUGCGGUGUCCAGUACAAAAGUGAGUAAUUACCUGAAGCAAUAUCAAAAUGGGUCUGACUUUCACCAAGUUGUUUAGCCGAUUAUUUGCUAAGAAAGAGAUGCGGAUUUUAAUGGUAGGUCUCGAUGCUGCCGGUAAGACUACUAUAUUAUACAAGUUAAAGCUUGGGGAAAUCGUGACGACAAUUCCUACCAUUGGAUUCAACGUUGAGACUGUUGAGUAUAAGAACAUCAGCUUCACUGUUUGGGAUGUUGGUGGUCAAGACAAGAUUCGUCCAUUGUGGAGACACUACUUCCAAAACACACAGGGUCUUAUCUUUGUGGUGGAUAGCAAUGACAGGGAUCGAGUUGUUGAGGCAAGGGAUGAAUUGCACAGGAUGUUGAAUGAGGAUAAACUUAGAGAUGCCGUAUUGUUAGUUUUUGCUAACAAACAAGAUCUGCCAAAUGCCAUGAAUGCUGCUGAAAUUACUGACAAGCUUGGUCUUCAUUCACUUCGUCAACGCCACUGGUACAUUCAGAGCACAUGUGCGACAUCUGGUGAGGGGCUUUAUGAAGGGCUGGAUUGGCUCUUAAACAACAUUGCUAACAAGGCAUGAGGAUACAAACGGUUUUGGUUGCUGGUGGAGUUCUUGUGGUAGAUGUUGCGUGCUGUUUCAUUGAUGAUCUGAAGUUAUAAGUCUUUAGCAGUUUCUUGUAAAGUGGUUACUAGCGAACAUAUCAAACUAAUGUUGUUUGAUGUCCUCUCUACUUCUACUAAUAUUCUAGAACGAAACUCGUCUAUAAAUCUGAAUUCAAGUCUAAUUAUGUUCAAACAUUGACUUAUUUUGACCAGUUUU